CGUGCGUGUUGGAACGACAGGUACGGGCAGUCAGUAGUGGAUUAGCGGCAACGGGAGCAGCAGCAGCGUCCACGGCGGCGGCGGUGGUGCAGCGCUAACAACGGAACGAAACGAAGAGGAGGUAUGAUCGCUCUAGUCGACGGAAGACAUCGCUAUACGGGUAAAUAACGUCGUCGCGCUUACCCUAUUCCGGCAACGACCGUCGAGUGAAACGAAGGUGCGCGCAAACGCUGGCUGCUCCACGGAAUAUGUAUGUGACGGAGGUGGGCGAGGGCCGUGCGAAAAAGUGGCGAAAACUGUGAGAGAGGUGCAGUGCCUCCACGUCGGUGGCAGUGGCGGUGUUGGUAGUAGUGGUGCUGGUGGUGUGGUGGUCGUGGCGGUGGUGGUGGUGGCGGCGGUGUGGCGUUGCUGGUGCUACUUCGGUGUAUAUGCGCGCGUGUAUUGGUGGGACACGCACUUCGGCGGGGCCGUGGUUCUCGCUCUCUCUCCUGUUACGUCUCGUUCCCUCUUUCUCUCAAACCCCUCUAUCCACCGCGACUGUCCUCUUUGUCGCACUUACGGAGGCCAUCGUACCGAAAGCGACCGAGCCAGGCCAGGCACUACGCAAGAUGGCUGUGUGUCGCUAACGAGAGGCCGACAAACCAGACGGGGAAAAGACAACCCGGGGAUAAACGGAACAUGCUGCUACGUGAUCGUCGGGCCCGUCCCUGAACAGAGAGACACUGGCCAAGAAGCGAGAGCUACUCGGAGUGUCAACGCGCAGAAACCUGAUAUUCCGUAGAUGCCUUUUGAGAGCCGCUGGCCCGAAUCAGCGUGGAACCAUACAAAGGCACAUGGAAUGUGUGACAUGUUCAUCCAAACACAGCAGACGAGUAGCGUCAACGGCAGCAGCAGCAGCAGCAGCAGCAGCAGUAACAACACCGUUCACCACCACAGCAAGAAACGCAAGUUGGAGUACAACGUGAGUCAGCCGGUGAUCCAACACGCAUUGGUCCAAUCGACCGGCGACUACCAAUUAGACAAUACCGGUCUGCAACAACGGUACUCCGUGAACGGUGCUAAUACCGCAUUUAGCUCGCUGCACAACAAUAAUGCGCUGCAGAAGAGUAGCCCGAACCAACAGACCCUGGUACGAGCCUCGACGAUCAAGCUCUUAGACACGUACCAACGCUGUGGCCAGAAGAGAAAAACUUGGUCGAGGGAGGGUAAUGGUGACGGUCUGGCAGUCCACUCCGCCAACGCGACGAACGCAGUGGGUAGUACUGUAGUGUCGCAGCACCAUACUCAACAACAGCAGCAGCUGCAACAACAACAGCAGCAGCAGCAACAACAACACAAGCAGACAGGCAUGACGGCACAAAGCAAGCAAGUGACCAACGCUGCCAAUGGAGGCGGUGGCAGCAACCCCCAAGGAGACGGAGAUUACCAGUUGGUACAGCACGAGGUUCUCUAUUCUAUGACUAAUCAGUAUGAAGUCCUCGAGUUUUUGGGCAGAGGUACUUUUGGACAGGUCGUGAAAUGCUGGAAAAAGGGAACCAAUGAAAUAGUAGCCAUCAAAAUUUUGAAGAACCAUCCAUCGUAUGCGCGCCAAGGGCAGAUUGAGGUCUCCAUCCUGUCUAGACUCAGUCAGGAAAACGCGGAUGAGUUCAACUUUGUGCGCGCUUAUGAGUGCUUUCAGCACAAAUCCCAUACCUGCUUGGUCUUUGAGAUGCUAGAACAAAAUCUGUAUGAUUUCUUGAAACAGAAUAAAUUUUCACCCCUGCCGCUCAAAUACAUUAGACCGAUUCUCCAACAAGUACUCACAGCUCUUUUGAAACUCAAGCAACUGGGGUUGAUUCACGCCGAUCUUAAGCCAGAAAACAUUAUGUUGGUGGAUCCAGUACGCCAGCCUUAUCGUGUGAAAGUUAUUGAUUUUGGGUCAGCCUCUCAUGUGUCUAAAGCUGUCUGCAACACGUAUUUGCAAUCGCGAUACUACCGUGCACCUGAAAUUAUACUUGGACUUGCAUAUUGCGAAGCAAUAGAUAUGUGGUCGCUUGGCUGUGUGGUUGCUGAAUUGUUUUUAGGAUGGCCUCUAUAUCCUGGUAGCUCGGAAUACGAUCAGAUUCGAUACAUAAGUCAAACGCAGGGCGUACCAACGGAACACAUGUUAAACAAUGCCAGCAAAACAACAAAAUUCUUUUACAGAGACAUGGACAGCACAUAUCCAUUUUGGCGAUUAAAAACACCGGAAGAGCAUGAGGCUGAAACUGGUAUCAAAUCUAAGGAGGCAAGAAAGUAUAUUUUUAACUGUCUCGACGAUAUUGGUCAAGUUAAUGUCCCGACUGAUUUGGAAGGUGGUCAACUUUUGGCAGAAAAAGCAGAUAGAAGAGAGUUCAUUGACCUCUUGAAGAGGAUGCUCACAAUGGACCAGGAGCGCCGCAUAACACCCGGGGAGGCUCUGAACCAUGCCUUUGUUACGCUGGCCCACUUAGUCGAUUAUGCACACUGUAACAAUGUUAAGGCUUCCGUCCAAAUGAUGGAGGUUUGCCGACGAGCCGGUGAUUUCACUGCAAGUCCAGCGCAUCACCAAGCUCCUCCAGCACCUCAGGCACCUCCACCAACGUCAUUGGUAGCUAAUUUCGUGCCGACGACAAAUGGUAGUGCCGUAACUUUCACCUUUAACAACCAAUUAACUAAUCAAGUACAGCGAUUGGUCAGAGAACAUCGGACUGCACAAACAGGAUAUGACAAUCUGUAUCAAAUAUACAGUAACAGUAGUCGUCGUGCGACCCAGUACAGUAGCUCAUCUAACGGAUCGAAUAGUGGACGAAAUGGAGUGCACGACUUUCCGCAUCAAUUGGUGCCUAGUCUACUUUGUCAUCCAUCCAGCUAUCAGACGAUGCCAAGUCCUGCAAAACACGUAGUUGUUGCUCAAGCUCCACACUUUGUACAGCCUCCACAAGCACAACAAGGACCACUACAGAUACAACCAUCGAUUAUAUCACAGCAGGCUGUUGCUGCUGCAGCUGCAGCUGCACAGCAACAGUAUGCAGCGGUGCCUGUAUCUAUGGUGGAAACUGGUCGUCAAAUGUUGUUAACCAAUGCUGUACAAACAUCUUGGCCUGGUGGAAGUCGUCAAAUGGCUGCUAUCGUACCAUCCUGGCAGCAAUUACCACCGCAGCACGCAGCCAUACAACAGCCAUUACUGAGCGAUGCUGGAGAUUGGGGAAGACCUCUUAUUGUCGAUAGUUCUGCUAUUCUGCAGGAUCAGCGGCCAGUAUUUCCUGUCACAGAAGUUUAUAAUACUAGUGCCCUUGUUGAGCAUCCGCCUCAGAGUUGGGGCAAACGUAGUGUGACGAAACAUCAUCAACAUCACGUGACGGUACCACAGCAGUCACAGCACAGGCAUGAGCAUAAGAAAGAAACGCAACAGCUAAGUCCGGUGAAAAAGAGGGUAAAAGAAAGUACACCACCGAGUAACAUGAGACGGCAUUCACCUUCGAACGGUCAUUGGCAACAGCAACCCAUGCAACAGCAUCAUCAUAGCAGCAAACACAGCAGUAGUCACAACGUAGAACACCAUCAAGUUACAUCUGGUCGGCAGCAAACCAUUACGAUUCACGAUACACCUUCACCUGCAGUCUCCGUUAUCACGAUUAGUGAUAGCGAAGACGAAACACCGGGCAAAUGCUGUGGAGAUCGGCAAUGCGGAGCCUGUCAAAAUUUGGCAACUCGCCUGUCUGGCGAUGGACGUCCAGUCCGCGAAGAAGUCAUACGAAGCACGCAGUCAACACCACGUGUGGUCCAACCGAUGCAACAAACCCAUUCGACUAGUCAGUCGCAUACCAAUGGACACGUAACAGCGCAUAGUACAUCUCAGAGAACGCAACGGAAAAAUAUUAUCAGUUGUGUAACUGUCGGUGAUAGCGAUGGCGAAGCUAGUCCAGGUCGAGCGCAUAAUCAUCUAUACCAACACUUGCCACAACAUCCUCAGCAUCAACAAACUACGCAGCUAAUUAAACACGAACCCCAACAGCAGCAUCACGUCAGCAGUAGCAGCUCCGGAUAUUCGUCUCAGUCGCAAAAGAAACGUUUAUUGGCGAAGGUACAAUCCGAGUGCAAUAUGGUGAACGUUGUGACAAAACCGGAGCCCGGCGUUGAGUACCUUGCACCACAUCCGUGUCACGCGCCAGCCUGUAAAGAGCCACCGACCUAUCAGGAUGAUGCCUAUGACAUGCAUGACUACUUCUUGCAGUAUGUGACCACGAGUAACGCGCAUCCCCACCUUCAAGAGCAGCACAUUGUGUAUACGACCGGCACGGACAAGCGGGUAUCAUGGCCUGGAAAGAGAGCUGAGUACAAACACGAGUACGUUCAACCACCGGCUGCUCAUUCCAGAGAUCAUCAGAAAUGGGCGGUAGCAAACACGGUACACCAGUAUAGGCAGAGCCAGGUGGUGGGUUCGGCAGCCCAUCCGGGUCAUACCCACAGUCAUCAUGGGCAUCCGGCCCACCUCAGUCCUGGGGGCGGUGGCGGGGGCAGAAGUCCUGCAGGGGGGCCUGUAAUAGGAAGUGCCCAGCACCUGGGACAGCCCCUGUACCAGGAGUACGCCCAUGUGCGUUCAAGAGCCCAUGCCGUGCCACCCCCGGUGUACGUUACCGCCGCGCCUACUCAGGCUCCCACUGCUAUCCAGCAGCAACAAGUGCCCACCUAUCAGGGAUUCACACCCGGGUGGGUACCUAGACACCUAGUUGAUGCAUGCAUCUCGUCUCCAUUAACGUUGUAUGAUUCUAGUCGAGCGUUGCCACCACCAGCUCAUCACAGCUCGGCCAGACCGUUGCUGGCAAGUCAUGCAGCGCAUCCACUGCCUGCACAUAUGCAGCCAACAGCCGUUUACGGAUUGGCCCCGCUUUCACCGGCCAAACAUCAAUAUCAACCUUCUGGUUUGUGGUUCACCGAGUAAAUUAUUCCUCUGUCUGGUUUCAGAAGAAAAAUAAAACGGCGUGCGAGCACUAGUUUCCGCCGCUUCCUUUUUUAAUGAAAUUUCACGAGGUCGAGAGAUACCGAUCGCAGCAGAAAGCAAAACGAAAGAGAAACGAAAUUGAACGAAAGGAAAAAGAGAACCACCACCCAUCAUCCUCGUCGUCGCAUUCAUUCCUCGCGAACGUGUUUUUUUACUAGCAACGAAGGGGAUCUGUCGCGAUACUGUUAUCAACUAUUAAAAACACAGAGUAAAACACUAGGCUUAUAUCGUCACGAAGAGAAAGAGAAAAAGAAAAAGAAAGUAAAAGAAUUUCAUGACUGAAAAGACUCGACGGAGUCCCGAGACAAGGUAUCGAAGUCGUUCUUCAACUUAAACUUUUUGACAAUCCGUCCUUAAACAGCGAUUGCCCCCUUCGAACUGCCUGAGUGUGCUAUUACGAUAAAGGAAAAGGGAUAUCAAUGUUCUGCAAGAUUCCGGUUGGGAAACAGGGAAAGUAAACGAUAUGGGUCCGAGGUUUCGAUAGACUGAUCGCGCGUUUGCGUCGCGUCCUAAUGCUUUCAUUAGCGUACUUGUCACACGCCCAUCGUGAAACGUGUUGUCUUUUUCCUUUUGUUUGGUAGAGUGGAGAUCAUAUUUGGAACGCAAAAGCGAACGAAAAGUAGCGAACGAGAAAUAAGAGUAUAGAGAACGAACACAGAGGAAGCCUUUCGAUGCCUCUCGUUGCGCAAUCGUUUCCUCAGUGAACCAUCGCUUUGAUGAUUUGUAUUUGUAUUAUUUUUCCAAAUAUCAUUUGGUGAUACGAUCGAUGUACAAUUUUGUCCGACUUAGACGGCGCAUAUGUUAUAUACGUGGCAGUAUAUAUGUUAUAUACUUGACGUGUUUUUUUUGUUU